AUGCUGGUGGUGGGGGAGAGGGGACAUCAGCCGUCGGCCACCGUGUGGAACCUCGCCACGGGUGCGGUUGUCCGGGAGCUGGUGGGCGGGCACCGGUUCGGGAUUGGCUGCAUAUUGUUCACGCCUAGCGGGGGCGGCGUCAUUACGAUGGGUUUCAAGCAUGACCGGAUGCUGAGGGUCGCCAGCGUUCGCGUGCCGCAACGGGUCCGUGCGAUGUCCUUCACCUCUGACGGGGAGUGCCUGGUCACAUGCGGCGACAGCCACGUCAAGUAUUGGAAGAUGCCUGAGAACAAAGGUACAUCGGGAGCACCAAACGGGGGGGGCUUCGUUGGGAUCGGCGCAGAUGCUUCUCUUUCUGGCGCAACCCCGACUCCCAGAGGUGGAGCAUCGUCCCGCGGUGAAAGCGGCGGUUUGGGAGUGGCCGGGGGUGGGGAGGUUGUUUCGCCGGUUGUUGGCGUUCUUGAGGGAUGGGCCGCGACCAUUGGGGAAGAGCUUAAGGGAGCGACGUUCGUGGACGUCUGCUCAUCGGGUACGCGCAGCGGUGGCGGCGGCGGCGGCCACGGAGGGGCGGGAGGGGCGGCUCUGGACAGCGUGUUUUGCGUCACCGCGGAAGGCGUGCUGUGCGCGUUUACUCGGGGUGGUGUGAUGGAGCAUUGGGUCUCGUUGGAGGCGCCCGCUGCCUACGGCCUAUCUGCACACGAGGACGGCACGCUGGCUGUGGCUUGCGCCGACGGAGUUGUCAGACUGUUCAAGGCCGACAGCCUCGGCUACGUCGCCACCCUGCCGCGCCCGCCCCCGCUGGGCCACGCCAACAUCGCCUCCGUGAGGGAGCUCCAAGAGAUCGCCGACUUGUCGGCUGCGGCGACGAAGGCUGGCGCUGCCAGUGGCACCGGCACUGCCGGCGGCGACGGUGUUGGCGCGAGCCCUCACGCCGUGGCCGAAAAUUCCUUCGCUAGUGGGUUUCGUGGCACAGCGGAUGCUACGCCCGAGGAAAAUGAUAGUGUCAAUGUCGGAACCAUCGACGAAGACGCGUUCGGCAAGGUGGAGAGCGGCAACGGCGACCCCAGCAGUGGACACAGGUCGGUGGUUCGGUAUCCCGCGGCGCUGGGGUGCCGGCUUACCCCCUGCGGAACGAAGGUGGUGUGCAUCUACGCUGACAGGGGGCUUUUUAUCUGGGACGUAACGGACCCGCUGUGCGUCGGCAAGUACCGGUCGUUCCUCGCACACGGCGGCUGUAUCUGGGACAUCCAGCGAAUGCCCGGUCUCUUUUUUGCCAGCAACCUCUGCGAUCGCUCGGAGCGGAGAGACUUGUGA